AUUGACGAAAAUGGCGACAAUGCAAGUGGCAAAACGGUGAAGGUGGGGACAAAAGAGAGAGAGGGGAAAAGCAGAGGCAGACGAAAUGUAUUUGGCACAGUGUGCCCGCAGCUGAAAUACCAAAACUGGUAUUUUCACGGCCACUAAGCUUCGGUUUUCCUUGAUUUCCCUUCUUUAAUCAAAACUAAACUCUGUUCAUAAGUUUUCCUUAUUUUAUUUUCCAUCGCCUCUAUGCUCUAUUCUGCCUUAUCAGUGUGCUUUCACCGUUUCUUGUUGUUACUGCCUAAUUUGGUCACACUGGCAUUUUCCACACACAAAAAAUCACAUGUGUUUGUUGUUUUUGUUGCCCUGUAGCGUUCAUGUAUGUAAUUGCAAGUGUCCCAUUUUGCAAUUACAUUUAUAUACAGAGGUUUUUUUAUUUCUUCUGAUAAGACAGAUACAUAUGCCACCCCAAAAAUAAUCACUUGGGAAAUAUUAUGCUGCAGCAGCAACAACAACAACAACCACCACCACCACCCAGUGUGUGUACAGUGUAGCCUUGAUGCAGCGCCCACGUUAAAAGAAAAAAGAAUUAUGCUGCAAAGAGCGUAAAAAACGAUUUUCUGUAUUCUCCAGUGCAUGUGUGUGCGUGUUCCAUUGUUUGGCAGAAGUUUUCUUAGCCUAUUCCAACCGAUCCGGGAACAAUUUCCAAUUUCCUGUCGCCAUCGCUCUCUGGCGGUUCUUCUUCUUCAUCGCUUAACCCAUUGCUGCUCGUUUCGAGUGAAUUUUCCUACGCGGCAUUUGUUAGGGUUGAUUUUCACCACGUGGUGGGCGAAUAGACACGAGAUAAUCACAAAUUGUCGCCCGAAAUCGUAAAAGAAGGCCAUCCCACAUAGGGAAUCUGCAAGAGAGCAGCGCGGAAUUCAUCAGGGGACAUGACGGAUGCACAGAAUAUCCACAUACAAAAUGGUGGCAGCUGUGAGGUAUUUCAAUCCAACGGGGUGACCACCAAUGGACACCACCACCACCACAGCAGCAGCGGGAGCAGCGGCAGCAAGCAUAAAUCCUCCAGCAAGGACAAGCAUCGUGAUAAGGACAGGGAGCACAAGAGCUCCGGAUCAUCCAGCUCAUCGAAGGAUCACAAGAGCAGCAGUCGCGACAAGGAUCGACACAAGAGCAGCAGCAGCUCGUCGUCGAAGCAUCGAGACAAGGACAAGGAACGCGACGGUAGCAGCAGUUCGCAUCGCAGCAGCUCCUCGUCCAGCCACAGGGACAAGGAUGGAAGCAGCAGCGGCAAGCACAAGUCCUCGUCGUCAUCAUCAUCCUCGUCCGGCCACCACAAGAGCUCCUCAAAGGACAAGGAGCGACGGGACAAGGACAAGGAUCGCAGCAGCAGCAGCUCCUCCAGCCGGCAUAAGUCCUCCUCCUCCCGUGAUAAGGAGCGCAGCAGCAGCAGCAGUCACAAGAGCUCCUCCUCGUCGUCAUCCUCAUCAAAGAGCAAACAUUCCAGUUCGCGGCACAGCAGCUCGUCAUCGUCCUCGAAGGAACCGCCAUCGUACGAUGGAGUGUUUGUCAAGCCGGAGCCCGUUUCCCAACCGCUUAUGCACUCUGGCCACGUCGAUCCCUUCCAGAUGCAGCAGCUAGGUGGCUACGAUGCGUCUACCGCCAUCAAUUGUAACGGCAAUGGCAACGAUGGCGGAGCCAACUACAAGAACGGCUACGAGGAGUCAAUUGUCGACAUCAAGAAGGAGGACGAGAGUUUCAACAAUCUGUCGCAAGCCAGCUCUUGCGAUUACUCCAUGUCCCAAUUUCGUAGCGAUGAGCCGCCCUUCGAGGUGAAGCACGAGCAGAGCUACACCGAAGAGGAUAGCAACAUUAACGAUCAGUACGAUGAGGCCGAGAAUGAGAUGGACGAUGACGAGGAGGACGUUCCGCUGGCCAUGCGAAAGCGCAAGCAGGAGGAACCCGAUCAGGCCGAUGGCGGCAUGGAUGACGACGACAUUCCGCUGCUGGCGCGCAAGAAGAUCAAGAAGGAGCAUAAAGAUAAGACCAAGAAGAAGCGGGUCAUGAUGGAGGCCGGCGAUGAGUACGACAUCGUCAAGCCCAAGAAGAAAAAGAUUAAACAGGAGUCCGUGGUCAAGAUCGAAACCGUAUCCCCCACCAAACGUCAGAAGAUCAAGGAGGAGGAGGAGGAGGUGUGGAGAUGGUGGGAGGAGGAGAAGCGUGCCGAUGGCGUCAAGUGGACAACGCUGGAGCACAAGGGACCCGUGUUCGCUCCACCAUACGAGCGGGUGCCCCGCAACGUGCGGUUCUACUACGACGGCAAGCCGCUGGAGCUUUCCGAGGAAACGGAGGAGGCGGCCACCUUCUAUGCCAAGAUGUUGAAUCAUGACUACUGCACCAAGGACGUGUUCAACAAUAACUUUUUCAAGGACUUCCGCAAAUCGAUGACGUCCAAGGAGAAGGAGAUUAUCAAGGAUUUCCGCAAGUGCAACUUCCAGGAGAUGUUCAACUUCUUCCAGGCCGAAUCCGAGAAGCGCAAGGCGGCCAGCAAGGAGGAGAAACUGAUCAAGAAGAACGAGAACGAGGCGCUGAUGAAGGAGUACGGCUUCUGUAUGAUUGACGGGCACAAGGAGAAGAUUGGCAACUUUCGCCUGGAGCCGCCGGGUCUGUUCCGCGGCCGCGGCGAGCAUCCCAAAAUGGGCAUGAUCAAGCGACGCAUCCAGGCCAGCGAUGUGUCGAUCAACUGCGGCAAGGAGUCGACGGUGCCAUCACCGCCGAGCGGUUCGCGCUGGAAGGAGGUGCGCCACGACAACACGGUCACCUGGCUGGCCUCCUGGAUCGAGAACGUACAGGGACAGGUGAAGUACAUCAUGCUGAAUCCCUCAUCGAAACUCAAGGGCGAGAAGGAUCACAUCAAGUACGAGACGGCGCGCCGUCUGGACAAGGUCAUCGAUAAGAUCCGGGCCACCUAUCGCGACGAGUGGAAGUCCAAGGAGAUGAGGGUUCGCCAGCGGGCGGUGGCCCUCUAUUUCAUCGACAAACUGGCGCUGAGAGCGGGUAACGAAAAGGAUGAGGAUCAGGCGGACACCGUGGGCUGUUGUUCGCUGCGCGUGGAACAUGUCCAACUGCACAAGGAGCUGAAUGGCAAAGAGAACGUGGUGGUGUUCGACUUUCCCGGUAAGGAUUCCAUUCGCUACUACAACGAGGUCGAGGUGGAGAAGCGCGUCUUCAAGAACCUCGAGCUGUUUAUGGAGCACAAGAAAGAGGGCGACGACCUCUUUGAUCGACUCAACACCCAGGUGCUCAACGAGCAUCUCAAGGAGCUGAUGGAUGGACUCACGGCCAAGGUAUUCCGUACGUACAACGCCUCGAAAACACUGCAAAGCCAGCUGGAUCUGCUCACCGAUCCGAGCGCUACGGUGCCGGAAAAGCUGUUGGCCUACAAUCGCGCCAAUCGUGCCGUGGCCAUCCUCUGUAACCAUCAGCGGUCCGUGCCCAAGGGUCACGAGAAGUCGAUGGAGAACCUAAAGGAGAAGAUCAAGGCCAAGCGUGAUGCCAUCGAUGAUUGCGAGGCCGAAUAUCAUGAUUUAAAGAAGGCAGCCAAACGGGGAUCCGUGAAGGAGAAGGUGAAUGCUGACAAGAAGGGCAAACAGCUGGAACGCCUGAAGGAUCAGCUGAAGAAACUAGAAUUACAAGAGACUGAUAGAGACGAGAAUAAGACCAUUGCCCUGGGCACAUCUAAGCUAAACUAUCUCGAUCCACGCAUAUCGGUGGCUUGGUGUAAAAAGCAUGGAGUGCCGAUCGAGAAGAUAUUCAACAAAACGCAAAGAACCAAAUUUCUGUGGGCAGUGCACAUGGCCGAUGAGAAUUAUCGUUUUUAAAUGUGUUCUCACAACCACGCCUACGGAUACACUCAACGCCACCCACACACACACACACACACACACACACUCAAAAAGCAUAGACAGCGCAGGUUAAAACACACACAAAAAUAGAAAACCACGAAUCCAUAAAAACCACACCCACCACAAGGCCGGUUGAUAGAUUCCAGGUCAUUCCGCAUAUUCCGUACAUUCUCCAAGAGUUUAUGCAAUGAGUAGUGCAUAUGUCCAGCUUUUGGGGAAGUCGUUCCGGGAUUUUGGGCCAAAAAGAACGAGAAGGAUGAACCGAAUUCGGGGGGGAUCUGCGUCCUGCGUCCUGCGUCUGCGUCUGUUUUGUCUGCUUUUAAUCGUUUGAUUGUUUCAAGUGUGCACUACGCUGAAGUCUAACUUGCGAAAUGUACGCACCAAACACACAAGCGCUCACACUUCUAUAUGGAUAUAUAUAUAUAUAUAUAUAUAUUAAACAUAAUAUAAUGGGAAAGACGUCACAGCAGCCUAAAAACAAAAUAAGAACAUCAUUUUCUAUGUUACCAUCUACAACAAAGCAACAGAAAAUUUUUUUUUUUUUGUCAUAUCGGACUUCUCUUACAUUAAUUAAACACAUAAGAAAACUAAAAACGAAACAAACAAACAAAACGCAAGCAACAGAAAAUUUUACGAUUAACAGUUUUUUUAUGUUUUACCUAUAGUUGAUUUUUGUUUAGCGAAAAAUGUCUUUCAUUAUUAAUUAAUAUUAUUAAUUAUAAAAAAACUAAUUAAAACUACGAUAACGUAUUUAAGUGCAAAUUGAACAGAGAAUCCUUGUAGCCCAACUUUUAGCAUAGCAUAAUUUAUUCAAUCCAACUCUGAUCCAGCGCAAUUUACAAGACCCAGGAGACCCUGUGUAUUGGAUGUCGAGGUGGUUUUGUUUGUGUACCUUACCUUAUGAUUUUAGUUAAAAUUAAAAUAAACAAACGAAUGUUAAAUUCAUUUGGAAUCCUUUUUAUACUUUAAGCCCUUAUUGAUAUAUAACGAUAGACAGGUUUCAAAUUCUGUUCUCAGAUCCAAGCAACAACACGAGCAAGCAAUUGCAAUCAAUCAAUCAAUGAACCAAAACCACAGCCAACAAACAGUCGCAGCGAAAACUCUAAUCUGAAAGAAUGGAACUUUAUACAUGUAGGAUCUAUUAGUAUGUGCAAUUAAGUAAGCUAAAACAAACACAGCCUGUAAAAAUCGAGCGUCCAUUUGGGGCCACUUUUCGUCCAGCGGCCCACAAUCAAAAUAUAUAUAUAUUUAUAUAUUUUGUAAUUACUCAAUUGCGUUGCAGACCGUACCGUUUUUAUUCGAAACCCGCUGAACCGAGAGUGGAUUUGAAUGGAACUUUUAGACCUUAUCCCCCUACCCAUCGUGUAUGAUUUAUAAUGAUCGAUGAUUGUAUGUACUUUUAAUUUUAAAAUACGCAAAUCGAUGGAAAUUUCGCCUCACCGCCCCCUAGAAUAAAUUGCAGAUGCGCAUUGCAAAUAAAGAACGAUCUUUAUAUAUAAAUAGCAACCCAAACACAUAUGAUAAUUAGUGAUUAGUGAACACAAACAUUUAUAUACGUAUGUCGUGGAUUCGCAUACGGGAGCGGGACAAUGCUUUCAAAAGGCAACAAAAGUUAAAUAAACUAAUUACGAACCCCUCUUCGCCCCGCCUCCUCCCACUCACAUAUAAACUUGGCAUAUUACAAUAUUGAUAUAAGCAAAGAAAAAACAAGAGACGAAAUGAUAAGAAAAAACCACUAUUUUAAAAGAAAACAAAAACAAAAUAUAUGGAAAAAAAAAACAAACAAACUUAAGCGUAAGUUAAUGUAAUUGUAAUGGAAUGAUGCAAAUAUACAUACAACAUAUAUUUAAUUUUAAAAUUGAA